UAUUGAUUACGUAUUGUCAAAAAAAUAUUGACAGAAAUAUUCGCGAGCAUAACCUCAAACCAAGCAAAUUAUUGAUAAAAUACUGUGGUUUUAGCGAAGUAUACAUCAUUUCAGCAAUAAUAAAUGAAUAUAGUACGCUUCUGUUUAAAAUCAAGUUUUGUUAAUUUAACAAAACCUCCUGUCAGGCUUCUUUCGAGCCGUGCCAAAGUCUCUCCCGCCAUGGCCCUAUCAGCCGUUAAGAAUGCAGCCAAGAGAAUAGUAUGGGUAGACCUGGAAAUGACUGGUCUGGAUAUAGAAAAGGACCAUAUCUUGGAAAUAGCCUGUGUUGUGACAGAUGCUGACUUGAAUAUCGUUGCUCAAGGGCCCAACAUUAUUAUAAACCAGCCGGAUAGCAUUCUGGAUGGCAUGAAUGACUGGUGUGUUAGUCAGCAUGGUGAGAGUGGAUUGACGGAGGCUAGCCGCAAAUCAAACGUUACCCUCAAGGAAGCAGAGAAACAAGUUCUGGAAUUUGUCAAAUCCCAUGCACCAGAGAAGAAAUGCCCUCUAGGUGGAAACAGUGUCUACAUGGACCGAUUAUUUAUAAGAAAGUACAUGCCAAUACUAGACAAUUAUUUACACUACAGAGUUAUAGAUGUCAGCACAAUCAAGGAGUUAGCAAAGAGAUGGUACCAAAAAGAGUUUUCACUCAUGCCACAGAAAAAGUUCAGGCAUCGGUCCGUGGAUGAUAUUCUUGAAAGCAUAGAGGAAUUGAAGUACUUCAAACAGCAUAUAUUUAAGUCUACAAUGAAGUUGCAGACAGAAGUUUAAAGUAUUUUACAAUGAAAUACAUUACGGGUAUUUUUAAUUGAAUAAUUAUGUUAGUUAUGCAUGAAGUCGCCAGUCUAUUGAGUACAAUUUAUUGUAGGUAUCGUAAAAUGUAGGUACCUAGCGAGAAUAAAAAAGUAAAUUGAAA